AUGUCAUCGGAGUAUUGGUCAAAUAGAUACUCAAUUGCUGAGUCAAGUUCACACUCAUUCUCUGCUAUUUUCAGUAGUUUUUGCAACUCAAAAUCAAUCAGCAUUCUGGGCAAAAUUGUUUGUUUGAAGCCCGUGAUGACAUACAAACUGUUUGUUGUAACUUGGAACUGUGGAGAUGUACCUGAAAUCGAUUUGGAUGUAUUAUUGAAUGGAAUUGGGACUGAUGGAGCUGAUAUUGUGGUGCUGAAUUUACAGGAAGCAAAUAGGUUCAAAAUGAAUACAAGAGAAGCAACAAAAGUGGUAAAAAUGGGACAAAUAAUCACAAUAAUAAUUAGCAAAAUAAGCAGGGAGAUCACAGUACACAAAUUGGGAUUGGGAUUCUUUGGAUACACGAAUAAGGGAUGCAUAUUCACAGAAAUAGGUGAUUUGGUGAUGUGUAAUAUUCAUUUAUCACCUGAUGAAGAGAAUGUUUUGAUGAGGGAGAAUCAACUCAAAGAUAUUUUGGAAUCAGUGAACUCGGCUUGUGAUAAAAUUGUCCUGGCUGGUGACUUCAACUUCAGAAGCAACUUUGAUGAAAGUAGAAAUUUGAUGAAAAUGAACACGAUCAAAUUGAAAGAGGGAACCAUUGACUUUGAUGUCACGUAUAAAUACACUAAGGGAAGCAACCACAUUGACAAAAGUAGGAAAUCAGCAUAUUGCGAUAGAAUAUUCACUAGUGAAAUAAUUGAUAUUAAUCAAUAUGGAUCAAAACAGGAUGAAAACAUAUCAGAUCACAAACCUGUUUAUUUGGUAGGAAGAGUUAAUGAGAUUAGCGAAGGAAACAAGAAUAUGGUUGAUAUUGGAGCAUCUAACAAAAUAAUCGCAAAAGUGUACGAAAACAAGUACAUCGCAAUUUGUGUAGUCGUUGCGGUGAUGUUGUUUCUAGCUAAAUGA